AUGGAAGAGAAAGAAAGUGAUGUUGAUCAGGCAGAGUACGUCUUCAUGCAACCAAUUUAUGCUCACACUUACGCAACGCAAAACAAACAAGGCGAAAGCACAGAUGUGAUCGAGAAAUAUGUGAUGAAUGUGCUUCCUGAGAAGUAUUUCAACAGUGAAGUGGAUGAUGGAGCAGAAUACGCGGUGUGUUCGCCAUAUAACAAAAUGCUGACCAGGCCAGCCAAGCCAUCGUAUCGGAUUCCGACCACGCCAGCAAAAGUACGUAUUUCUCUCUAG